AUGUCUAAAAAGCCAGCCAAAUCGCAUUCCAAAACCAGUAUGGAUGCUCUAGCGGGUCAAGAACUACUAUGUGCGGAAUGUAUCCAUGAAGAGAUAGACGUGGUACGGAGCUCAGUCAUAGCUAACGAGAGGCAGAAUGACCAGAUGAGAGACGAUAUCGACGGGAUUUUUCGUCAAUGUGAAACCCUACAAUCUCCUUCUAAGGCUACCACUAAUGAUAAAACGAAGAAGACCUCAAAAACCACUGGGGCCACACCUCUCCCGAACUCAGGGGAGAUACCAGCCCCCAAGCUAUACUCGGUCAAAAACCUUGCAUUACAACUUCUGAAGCUAGCAAUUCUCAAUUCCAGGCUUAAACAAAGCGAUAUAGAUCGUUCAAAAGAGAUACUAGAGAAGCGGGUGGCACUACUACAAGCCAAAGUGAACAGUGCUAGGCUGGAACUAGAGGCCAAGGAAGAGCUGAUCCAGAAAACAAGAGCCAAAAUCAUAGCUCUGCAUCAUGACUUGUCUGAGAAAUAUAACGAAAGGAUAUUAAGAUUUCGUCUAGAAGAUGCUCGAAGAGCUGCCAAACAAGCAGCCAACUUCCAAUACCAUCAUUUCCGAGUGCUUCGUCAAGUCGUUUUCACCAAGUAUGACUCGUGGAAGGCGCGAGAGAUGGAUCUGAAAGGGAAACCUGUAAGACUUGAUCUUUUUGGGCAGCCAAUUAUUCCCCUUGAGUCCUUUUUACUGCAUAACAACAAGCUUAUUGCAAUUAACUCUUUUCUAGAGAAUCUUAUUCAUUUUCAGGUCCUAAUGGUUGAAUUGUUGAAUAGUGAUGGCUUCCCUGUUGACCUCCCUUUCUUGGACUACCUUAAAAGGCAACUACCUGAUAGUCAAUUCUAUGGGCAAGUGCAAGAGAAGAUCAACUUCCUACUUGGUGACGAGGCGGACCCAAUUUUGAAGCUGGCAGAAGAGAAAGAUCAUGAUAACGAAUACGUCGAGGAGGAAAAUAAUAAAACACUAGAACCCAGGCCCUCCAUGGACAAGAUAACGAUCACUGAUAACGUAAUCCAGGUUCCAUUAUCCUUUAAGACUGCGAACCUUCAGAGGAGAGCAUCUGUCCGGCUGACUCUGUCAGAAUCACCAGCUCCGGACAAUUUUCAUCCAGAAGUGUUUCUGGCAACGCCAGAGCCAGGUCUUAACGUUGAUAAUAACAUAAGCCUGAAUGAAAAGACCAAGUCUAGCACAAUCCAAGGCAAGAGAAUGGUUAUCGUACCUAACAAGAUAUUGACCAAGCCAUUCACCAAGCUCACAUUAAAGGAAUACUUAAAGUUCAUCCUGAUCGUGGUUAAGAUUGUGGUUAACUUUGAUAUGCUCCUUCGCCAGACUGUUGAUAAAGUACCACAGCCGAAGAAGAAGCAGUCAACGAGAGACCUAUUAACAAGUACUUAUGGUCAACUACGAGGAGAGCCGGACUCUACUCAAGAUGAUGACAACCAGUCCAAAUUUGAUUUAAGGAAGAUUUUGGAGAGAUUCGCUGAUAUGGAUCACUUCUUUAAAUCCAUCAUACAGACUCACUCCGAAAAGUUACGAAGCCAUGCCUCAAACAGUGCACUUGCAUUUUCAGCUUUGACUGGUAAUACCGAAGGCAUGGACGCGGUGGCUAUACCUUCAAGUGGUUCGUCGGCAGGCGGCUACGAUUCAUUCCCCACUGCGUCACAGCCCAGCUUACAGAGCCACGAAAGCUCAUCACGAUUACGAGAGUUCUACAGCAAUUACCUUACAAACAAUCGUAAGAAGGCAACACUGGUUCCAAGCCCAAAGACCAUGGCUGACCAGCAAGUUUAUGGCGCUGUGAGCGAGGGCUUCCUGGACACGGAAGAAGACAACACCAAGUCAUCUUCCGGAGAUGACCGUUGGACCUCACCGCAACCAUCCCCUCAGCAAGAAUCUGAAAGGGAACCAUAUGAUAUAAAAGAAGUAAUGGAUGCCGUUCAUAAGCUAGUUGCAAACGGUAAGGCUAGUGGCCGAGAUAACGGAGAUGGUGGGGAUGAGGCCGUAAAGCUUGCUACUAAAAGCAUGAUGAAGAACACUCAAUCUCACCUAGCCGACUGGGAUGUUAAUUCCCGUUCACUGCUCAAUCUUUGUGGAGACGCACCUAAGAUGUUGUCAGAUAAGGAAUUGUAUGAAUUGAACAAGAAAGCCGUUACUGAGGGCUUCAAGAUCAAGCCAAGAAUCAAUUACAACACCGUGGGUGGUGUGAAUGGUCCUUUGGUGAUUUUGGAUAACGUCAAGUUCCCCUCUUUCAAUGAGAUUGUUAACUUGACUUUGCCUGAUGGAUCUGUCAGAGCCGGUCAGGUUUUGGAAGUUAGAGGUACCAAGGCUAUUGUCCAGGUGUUCGAAGGUACUUCUGGUAUCGAUAUCAAAAAGACCAGAGUUGAGUUCACUGGUGAGAACUUGAAGAUUGCCGUCUCUGAAGAUAUGUUGGGCCGUGUUUUCGAUGGUUCUGGUCGUCCAAUUGACAAGGGUCCUAGAAUUUUUGCUGAGGACUACUUGGACAUUAACGGUUCUCCUAUCAACCCAUACGCCCGUAUUUACCCCGAGGAAAUGAUUUCCACUGGUGUUUCCGCUAUUGACACCAUGAACUCCAUUGCCAGAGGUCAGAAGAUCCCAAUUUUCUCUGCUUCCGGUUUGCCACAUAACGAAAUUGCUGCUCAGAUUUGUAGACAGGCUGGCUUGGUUAGACCAACCAAGGAUGUUCACGAUGGCCAUGAGGAGAACUUCUCCAUUGUUUUCGCUGCUAUGGGUGUUAACUUGGAAACCUCUAGAUUCUUCAAGCAGGACUUCGAGGAGAAUGGCUCUUUGGAAAGAACUUCUUUGUUCUUGAACUUGGCUAAUGACCCUACUAUUGAGAGAAUUAUUACCCCAAGAUUGGCAUUGACCACUGCUGAGUACUUGGCUUACCAGACCGAGAGACACGUGUUGACCAUUUUGACUGAUAUGUCCUCUUAUGCUGACGCUUUGAGAGAAGUUUCCGCUGCCAGAGAAGAAGUGCCAGGUAGAAGAGGUUACCCAGGUUACAUGUACACAGAUUUGUCCACCAUCUACGAAAGAGCCGGUAGAGUCGAAGGCAGAAACGGUUCUAUUACUCAGAUUCCUAUCUUGACCAUGCCUAACGAUGAUAUCACCCAUCCUAUUCCUGAUUUGACCGGUUAUAUUACCGAGGGUCAGAUUUUCGUCGACCGUCAAUUGUCUAACAGAGGUAUCUACCCUCCAAUCAACGUCUUGCCAUCUUUGUCUCGUUUGAUGAAGUCCGCUAUUGGUGAAGGUAUGACCAGAAAGGACCACGGUGAUGUGUCUAACCAGUUGUACGCUAAGUACGCUAUUGGUAGAGAUGCUGCUGCUAUGAAGUCCGUCGUUGGUGAGGAAGCCUUGUCCACUGAAGAUAAGUUGUCUUUGGAAUUCUUGGAGAAGUUCGAGAAGAACUUCAUUGCCCAAGGUGCUUACGAGGACAGAUCUGUUUUCGACUCUUUGGACCUUGCAUGGUCCUUGUUGAGAAUUUACCCUAAGGAAAUGUUGAACAGAAUCAGCCCUAAGAUUUUGAACGAGUUCUACGACAGAGCUAGGGACCAGGACGAUGACGACGAGGAGGAAGAGAACCCAGACAAGUCGCACGAUUUGAUCGACGCUUAA